UGAUGAAACGUUCUAUGAUGAAGUAGAAAUCAUGUCGAAAACUUAUGCAGCAGCUGAUGUUGAAAAACAAGCUCCUCCAUCUAAAGUAGAAGUACUUACCCCACCCCCUGCAGAUGUAACAACCAGAAUUGUAAUUCCGAAAAAUAAAUGUCUCGUAUGCCUUCUAUUUGUCAAACCUAAAUAUUGGUUCAAAUUUGCAUUGGAGCCAGACCACAUUAUAUUCCAGUAUGUUUGGUACACGACAUUUUUGGCAACAUGCUAUCAGAUGUUCAUGAUUCCUUAUAUGUUCGCAAGCCAGAACUUCAAUCACUAUAUAUUUAUUACCACUCUGUGUUUCGAGCCAGUUUUUUACAUACGGAUCUUCUUUUUCAUGCAUGAAGCUUACUUAGACAAUUAUGGAACAUACGUGAGAAAGUUCAGACUCAUUAUAAGACAUUACCUGAAGGAUUAUAAACGCGUUUGCUGGGAUGUCAUUCCCAACCUUCCCUUAUAUCUAAUGUACCCCAUUGUUGAACCAAAGAACCAGAUGUUCCUCUUCAGUUGCCUCAGACUCUUUCAUCUGUUACGUUGGAGGUACAUUUUUCAAGCCUUUGCUGUGUGGUCCGCUCCCUUAAUGGCACGAAGAGCCCCUAUACUGAUCACCAAAAUGAUAGUGGUUUUUUUAUUGAUUAUUCAUUACUUCGCACUGAGCGCCUUCAUUAUAUUCAGCAACUUUGGAGAUUUCUCAAAAAGUUCAAGGGUCUACCUGCGCAAUGCGAAUCCUUUAGAAUCAUAUUUAACAUGUCUCUACUUCAUCUCGAGCAUUAUAUCAACAACAGGUACAGGAGACAUAAUACCUGAAAAUACUUUAGAAUUGGCUUUCACAAUCAUCGUUAUGAUAUCGACGAAAACAAUUUACGCUGUUUUAAUUGUAUGUUUCUUGAUGGGAAUUAGAAUUCUUUCCCAACACAUAAUAAACUAUGAACACAAAGUUAUGAGGAUGAAGAAAUUCCUUCAAAAUCAAGGACUUUCAGAUUAUCUCAUGGAGAAAUUAUGGAUUUAUAUCAAACAAAUUUGGAACAGGGAGAAUGGGUUGCAUAUGCCUGAAUUACUUGAGAAGGCUCCCUAUGUUAUGAAAGGUGAAAUUAUGCGAGAAAUAUUUUCGGUGCAUUUGAGAAGAGGAUACCUUUUCAAAGAUAUCAACGAAGCACUUCUGACACAAAUAUGUGGCCAUCUGAGACGUGUUGUUUUCUUCAAAGGAAAUUAUAUCGUUCAAAACGGUGACACUAAUGCCUCCAUGUAUUGGAUCCACCGUGGACAAGUCAGCGUCCUCACAGUACACCCGAAUUUGACCGAAACACGUCAUGAAAUGCUGUAUGUUCAUGAUAUGUUUGGUCUGGCCCAAGGCUUAAAUUAUGGUAUGGCCCAUAAGUAUAGCUACAGGGCUGAAACACAAUGUGAUAUUCUGGUUUUACAACUGGAAACGUGGGAAUGUGUCCUUCAACAUUUCCCUCAUGAUAAGGAAAUAAUAUAUAAGCGAAUGAUGGAUACUUAUACGAUACUGUAAUGUUUUUUUUUACGAAAGAUUAUUUGUAAGUUCAUAAUAAACAUUGAAUAUUUA